CCCAGCAAUGCAAAGCUCACUCCACUCAACACAAGCUAGCUCAGCUCAUCUCGUCUGCUGUUUGAUCUCGUAAUCUCAGCAGAGUGAGAAGCCUAGCUGCAACUCAAGCUUUAGUUUCCUCCCAAAACAAAAAUUUAAGGUUGCAUUGUGAGUGAGGUAGCAGGAUGUGCGGCAUCCUUGCUGUGCUGGGCUGCGCCGACGAGGCUUCGCUGCAGGGAAAGAAGCGCGCCCGCGUGCUGGAGCUGUCGCGCCGGCUCAAGCACCGGGGCCCAGACUGGAGCGGGCUGCGGCAGGUGGGCGACUGCUACCUCUCCCACCAGCGCCUCGCCAUCAUCGACCCGGCCUCCGGCGACCAGCCCCUCUACAACGAGGACGAGUCCGUCGUCGUCACCGUCAACGGCGAGAUCUACAACCACGAGAACCUCAGGACCCACCUCUCCGCUGCCGGCCACAAGUUCAGGACUGGCAGCGACUGCGAGGUCAUCGCUCACCUGUACGAGGAGCAUGGGGAAGGUUUCGUGGACAUGCUGGAUGGCGUCUUCUCCUUCGUCCUGCUCGACACCCGCCACGGCCGCUUCAUGGCGGCCCGCGACGCCAUCGGCGUCACGCCCCUCUACAUCGGGUGGGGAAUCGACGGCUCGGUCUGGAUUUCGUCGGAGAUGAAGGCCCUGCACGACGAGUGCGAGCACUUCGAGAUCUUUCCCCCGGGCCACCUCUACUCGAGCAAGGAGGGAGGGUUCACGAGAUGGUACAACCCUCCGUGGUACGACGAGGAGGCCGUCAUCCCGUCGGUUCGCUACGACCCGCUGGCGCUCAGGAAGGCCUUCGAGAAGGCCGUGAUCAAGAGGCUCAUGACCGAUGUCCCCUUCGGCGUUCUGCUCUCCGGCGGCCUGGACUCGUCGCUGGUGGCGGCCGUCACCGUCCGUCACCUGGCGGGGACCAAGGCCGCCAAGCGCUGGGGCACCAAGCUCCACUCCUUCUGCGUGGGCCUGGAGGGAUCCCCUGACCUCAAGGCCGCCAAGGAGGUGGCGGAUCACCUGGGCACCCUGCACCAUGAGUUCCACUUCACCGUGCAGGACGGCAUCGACGCCAUCGAGGACGUCAUAUACCACACCGAGACGUACGACGUCACCACCAUCAGGGCGAGCACGCCCAUGUUCCUCAUGUCCCGCAAGAUCAAGUCGCUCGGGGUCAAGAUGGUCAUCUCCGGCGAGGGCUCCGACGAGAUCUUCGGAGGAUACCUCUACUUCCACAAGGCCCCCAACAAAGAAGAGUUCCACCGCGAAACCUGCCGGAAGAUCAAAGCUCUGCAUCAGUAUGAUUGCUUGAGGGCCAACAAGGCAACCUCUGCUUGGGGCCUUGAGGCUCGUGUGCCCUUCUUGGACAAGGAGUUCAUCAACGAGGCCAUGAGCAUCGAUCCCGAGUGGAAGAUGGUCCGGCCUGAUCUUGGAAGAAUUGAGAAGUGGGUACUGAGGAAGGCAUUCGACGAUGAGGAGAACCCAUUCCUGCCAAAGCAUAUCCUGUACAGGCAGAAGGAGCAGUUCAGUGAUGGUGUUGGGUACAGUUGGAUCGAUGGCUUAAAGGCCCAUGCAGCAUCAAAUGUGACUGACAAGAUGUUGUCGAAUGCAAAGUUCAUCUUUCCACACAACACCCCGACCACAAAAGAGGCCUACUACUACAGGAUGAUCUUUGAGAGGUUCUUCCCCCAGAAGCCGGCGAUCCUGACGGUGCCCGGCGGCCCAAGCGUGGCGUGCAGCACGGCCAAGGCCGUCGAGUGGGACGCGCAGUGGUCGGCGAAUCUCGACCCCUCGGGGAGGGCGGCGCUGGGCGUCCAUCUCGCCUCCUACCACCAAUCCGAAUCCGAGUCCGAAUCCGGCGCUCAGCAGCAGAACAAGCAUGCCCCGGCCACCAUCGCGGCAGGAGCCAAGAAGCCCAGGACCAUCAAGGCUACAACGACGCCGCCAGGCGUUGUCAUCGAGGGCUAGCUCGCUACAAAUUACUAAAUGAUUAAGCAAAGCUGCCAUUAUAUUUAAGCUGUUCGGCGCAUGCUGUAACUAGUAGUCGUGUUUAAUCCUGAAUAUCCUUUUCUUAAUCUUUAUGUAUCGAGGAACCAAUAUAUGCUUACUUUGCUCGAAUAAUGAGUUGGAUGCCAUGUUGUUUGGAUGAAA